AUAUUUAACACACACACCUCUCAUCGUGUACUCUCAAAACCCACUUUCUAAAAUGUCGAAAAAUUCAUCAGUACUGUCUAGGGUUACCGAUUCCGCCGUCGUUCGUCGCACAAAGUCAGUUGCCAAAGAUACUACCGGCGUUGCGAAGCAGCUUCUCCGUAGCACCGGUAAAGCAGCAUGGAUCGCCGGAACAAGUUUCCUUAUACUUGUUGUUCCUCUCAUCAUUGCUAUGGAUCGUGAACAGCAGAUCAAUGAACUUGAAUCUCAACAGGCUAAUAUUCUUGGAACUCCUUCCGCUCAUUCUAUUCCUCUUGCUAAUUAAAACCCUAUUAUCAAAUUUUAGGGUUUUGGGUUUUGGAAUUUUGAUGUUUCAGAUUUGGAUUAUGUGGUUUUUAUGAGGAUUUAUAAAUUUAUUUGAGUUUAAUUGAAUGACUGAUUGAUCAAUCAUGUGAUAUUAUGUUAUUUGUAUUGAAGUAUAAAUUUAUUUGAGUUGAAUUGCAUGAUGAUAUUCAUAUGAAUUGAA